AUGGAUCUUGGGUUCAAACUCUCCAGUAACCUUGACCCGGGCCUUCAUAUUGAAAUGGCUUGUUGCAAAGCUCUAAGAAUGUUGGGUAUAAUAAUGAGAUUGUCAAAGGACCUUAACCUAACUUCGUCAUUGAAAGUUUUAUACUGUUCGUUAGUCCGGCCAAUUAUUGAAUAUGGUGCCAUUGUUUGGGAUCCCCAUACUGCCGACAAUGCUUGCCAGGUCGAAAGGGUACAGCGCAGGUUCUUGCGAUUUACAAGCUUCCUGUUAGGCAUCAAAUCUCCACCUCAUGAUUAUUCCCCAGUUGCUAUUCAACUUAAUCUAGCCUCACUGGCAGAGCGCAGGCGCAUUAUGGGUAGCAAGUUCUUGAAUGGACUGUUUGAUGGUAGUGAUGAUUCCCCAACUUUACUAUCCUUAAUUAAUUUUAAAGUACCCCAACGCUCCACCCGCUCCAUUACUCUAUUUCAUGUCCCUUUUUGUUCCACCAACUACUUACUAAAUGAGCCUUUAAGGCGUAUGAUGCAUAAUGCCAAUCUGGACCCCACUUUCUCUUUUAGUUAG